GUAGAUUAACUUCAAUAUAAAAUGUUCGCGAAAAUUAACAUUAGCAUAGUCUUGUUACAAGCAGACGAUAAAUAAAUCAACAUGAAAUACUUCAUCGCCAUCGCUCUGCUCGCUGCCGUGGCUUCGGCCGGUAUGAUCAAGCCCACCCCAGUGGGUGCUGAGCUCGCCGAGCUCCAGGAGAUCGUCGCCGCCAUCAACAGCCCCAGCACCGACCCCGCCACCGCCGCCGCCCUCGAACAGAUGCUCCUCGAUGCUCUAGGCAUCAAGCCCGAGCCCGUAGAUGUUGGACCCGCCAUCAUUGAAGCCGACUCCCACCCUAUCUCUGUGGGACCCGCCAUCAUCGACUUCCCCCUUCCCGACGGUGGUGUUGUCGCUGAGGAGCCCAUUGUCCCUAGCCCCGUUAUUGUCGCUCCCGCUCCCGUUGCUGAGGUCGCCCCCGUCGCUGCUGCCAGCACUCCCCUGGUCCAGAUCAUCCUGAACAUCAACCAGGCCUCCGCUGAGGCUAGCCCCAUCGCCGUUGGCCCCGCUGUCGCCCCCGAAGCCAUCGUGCCUGAACCCGUCCACGUUGUGGAUGUCGCCCCUGAACCCGUCCACGUUGUUGAAGUCGCCCCUGAACCCGUCCAGGUUAUUGAGGUUGCCCCCGAACCCGUCCAGGUCAUCGAAGCCGCUCCUGUACCCGUUGAGCCCGUCGUUAUCGGAGUCCCCAUCCUCCCUGAAGCCGUCGUGGCCCUCCCCGAAGCCCUCAACUAAGAAUAAUAAUGAAGUCAAUUUAAUUUUAAGUACACGUUAAGACAUGACAAUAAAACAGUUGCAUCUAUCAUA